UCAGUCCUCAGUUCAUCCCCUGCCCUCUCUCUCUCUCUCUGUUUUUUUUUUUUUUUUUUUUUAAAUAAAUAAAUAAAUAAAAUAAUUAGUUUAAAUUAUAUUGAACUUUUUCGUUAUUUAUUAAAUAUAUUUACACAGGAGAUUACAGAAUGCAAGAGAGUAGAGCAGCCAAAGCCAAUCAGAAUCAACAAAUAUCUCUUCACGCUUGACUCCUUCAGCUCCCUCCGUCUCUCUGAGUCCUCUGGUUUAUCUCUCUUUGGAUAUUCUUGGGGGCAAGCAUCACCUAUUGUAUCUCUCACGCGAAAUCCAGCAAUAGAGACAAACCCAUCUGCGUAUUUGCCCUUUUUUUUAUUCUUUCCAUUUGCUUUGAGGGAUUCAGGCGAAUGGGUUUUGUGAUUGCACACAAGAUAAUUUGGUGAUUGGAUUUCAAACGUUGAGAGUAAUCUAAGAUGACUUCCUUUGAUGAUUGCGUUUGAAGGCGUGCUACUUCUCUUCUAUGUGCGCGUAUGUUUAAAGGAGCAGCCCAGUACACAAAGUUCCCGCAUAUGCAGGAUCUGGGGAAGGGUCAGACUGCAAUGGGUGUACAGUAUGCAGCCUUGUGCAUUUUUGCAAGAGGCUGUUUCAUUUAUUUUUUCGCGUGUAUGUGUGUUUAUAUUUAUUUAUAUAUAUAUUUAUAAUGUUACUGAUUUUCAUGGCCAUGCUUCUCUGCCUUAUUUUCUUGGUUAUGUGGAUGAUUUUAUGUCAAUUUUCUGUUGAAAAAAUUGUCUUUUUAUGGGUGCUAGGCCUAAUGAAAUACAGUGUUUAUAAUGGUAUACCAUAACAUGACACGAAACCUAAUUCUUGAUGCAAACAACUGAUAAAUUUAGUAACAUCGAAAUCCGUAAGCAACUUUUAUGAAAUAUGUAAAUAUAGAGUGCUUUCAUUUGAAUGGGCCAGUGAAAGACUCAAAAUGCCCAUCCACAAACAAUUUUAUUUGUGAAAAAUGGAGUAGGUUAAUUCUAAUCACUCUGCACUCUGUCAUUUUUGUUGCUAUUGCUGUUGUGGCAUUGUUUAUAUCAAAUUAUGCCUCACGAUUUCUUUCUUUGUUUGGCAGAUAUUUUCUUUAGUCGUCUGAGAUUUUUCUUUUGUGGAGUUUUGAGACUAUGGGUAGAGGUAGAGGUAAAGGGAAGAAGUUAACUGUUGCCAAUCAUGAGGAUCUUGGCAGUGGUGAGGAAGAAAAAAUUCCAGCUCAAAAGAGAAGGGGAAGGCCGCGAAAACCCCUGAAGGAUGAGGUUGAUGAAGAAGAAACUGAAAAAAUAGAAGAGGAAGUCAGUGAGAUUGCGAAAGGUGGUAUAUCAAGCAAAGAGACAAAAAAUUUAACAGCAACAGAAAAUGGAAAGAAAAGGAAGCGGCAGUCACAGGCAAAAGAGAAGCCUGAUUCAGUCAAUGAGGAAAAUGGAAAUGGAACCAGAUCAAGCACUGAUGACUCAAAUAAAUCCAAUGGAUUUCGUCAUAAUGGGAGCAGGCGCAAAAGCAAGCCGCAUCGAGCUGCUGAAGCAGGUGUCAAUUGCAAGUGAGGUUGUGAUUAGGCAUCGAGAGGGAUUUCUUGGUUAUUAUAUUGCCAGAUAUUUCAUGCAAAUUGGAGUGAGACCUAUUAAAUCUCUAGUUUUAACGUUCUUUUGUUUGAUGUUCCCCUUUUUUUGGUAAUUCUCUAUCUUUAUUUUCAUUUUUAUUUGUUGGGAGCUUUGGAAGUGAUUUUGCUGAUUGUAAUCUUCCAAAAUGCCCUCAUUUUUCACAUUUUUGCCAUUUCUUGUAUUAGAAAUUUGUGCUCCAAGCUUAACUAAUUGUCUUUCUUCUGUUUC